UUUUCAUUUCGCAGCGGACGGCGCAGCAGUUCAGAACAAAACUCGGGGAAUUCAAAAUCGGAGAUUGUUAUUUUUCGCCAGAUUCGCAAAAAGCAAAUGAAAAUGUCGCCAAAUUGCAACUGCAGCUAAAAGUUAUCGAGUAGUGUGCGUGUGUGCCGCCGAGUGUGUGUGUGUGGUGUGCGCUUUUUAUCGAUCACACUCCGCUCUUCUUCCUUCUCCUUUCUACCCUACCACCCCUCCCCUUCGCUGACACUCUGCCACGCUCUCCAAUCGAAUUUCAAAGCUGAAAAUCGGAAAAUUAUACAAUUGCAUUCGCAAAUUACGACGCACACACGUACGUACGUACAGCACCCCCAAAAAAAAGCUGAGGAAAUCACAGAAACGCAAAAUCAAAGUCAAAGAAAAAUCAAAGCGAAAAACCAGCGAAAAUCGGGCAAAUUUAAGGAAAACAAACAUUUUCUAGUGACCUCAGCUGCAGCUGCAAGUGCAAGUUAAAAAUACACAAACAAAGCGGAAAUAGGCGAAAAAAAGGCACAAAAAAACCGCAAGGAAAACAGUAACGGUUAAACAGAAACCAGCACAAAACAAAGUCAAACAGUCCAACUACUGGAGCUGAAAUAUUCACGAACCAGGCUAAAAGGCAGUCGUCGUCUAAUAUUUGCUUAAAUACAGGCAGGCAGCCCACGCCUUUUAUCGCUAGUGAAUUUAUAAAUUUAUCAAACUAAACGAAAACAAAAACUCAAUAACAAUUGACACACACACACACACAAAAGACACACAACUGCAGUGGGAGAGCAACAAAAAGCGAGCGAGCGAGCUUGCAAAGAGCGAGAGUGAAGAGAUAAACUGGGGCUCUCUCCUUCGCAUUUGGCAUUCGCACGCGGGCAGCGACGCCAAGCGGACGUUCCUCCUCCUCCUCCUUCUGCACCCUUCGCACUUCGCACUUUCUAGUCCACACUUUCAACUUCACCAAAACCGCGUGUGUGCCCAGGAGCCCUAACCCUUCCACUUCCACAUCGCCGCCCCACCACCAUGGUGGAUACUAACAGUUCAAAUCCCGGCAUCGUGGGCGGCAACUCCGCCUCGUCCGCCAGGCUGCGGAGAUUCGAGCGGACGGACAGUGAGCUGGCCUGCGAGGAGGCGGCCAGGCUGACGGCGGAACAGAGUCCGGAGGACGAGGACAACCAGGACAACGACGAGGAUGACGACGACGAGGAGAGCGUCUACGGCGAACUGCCGCCUCCGCCGGACGGAGGAUACGGCUGGGUCAUCUGCUUCGCCAGCUUCAUGUGCAACAUGAUCGUGGACGGCAUCGCCUACACGUUCGGCAUCUUCCUGCAGGAGUUCGUGGCCUACUUCCACGAGGGCAAGGGCACGGUGGCCUGGGUGGGCAGUCUCCUGUCCGGAGUCUACCUCAGCGCCGGACCCAUCGUUUCCGCUCUGGCCAACAAGUACGGCUGUCGAGCUGUCUGCAUAGCCGGCAGCAUAAUCGCGUGCAUAGCCUUCGUCCUGAGUACCUUCAGUACCAACGUGAGCAUGCUGAUGGCCACCUACGGCUUCAUGGGAGGAUUCGGGUUCGGCAUGAUCUAUCUGCCGGCUGUUGUGGCCGUGGGCUACUACUUCGAAACCAAGCGGAGUCUGGCCACCGGAAUCGCGGUCUGCGGCUCUGGCUUUGGCACCUUCGCCUUUGCCCCGCUGGCCACCUAUCUGCUGGAGGAGUACGGCUGGAAGAACGCCCUGCUCAUCUUCGCUGGCCUGAUCCUCAACUGCGCCAUCUUCGGAGCCAUGAUGCGGCCCCUGACCUACCCGAAAAAGAAGAAGCAGAAGCCCUUGAUGCAGCGGAUGUACGAGGAGAAGCAGCUGCAGCUGGAAAGGGGCUCCUUUGCGGGCUCCCACUUCAUGGUGCAGCUACCCGAUGGAACCAUCGAGCGCAAGCUGAAGAUGCCACUCAAUGCGGAUCCCGGCGUGCAUUCCAGCCUGAAUCUGGAGCUGCUGGCCCAGCAGGCAGGCGGCGGAGGUCUGCAUCCCGUCUCCACCCUGCCCACCAUCACGGAGUCCAAAGUGGUGGAUGUUCAUCGACAGAACGGCGCACAAUCUCCACCAAAUGGCGACAGCAAUGGCCAGUUAUCCGCUCGAUCCGCCGCAGGAGCCGUCGGCCGUCGUCCCCACAGGAACUCCGAAUCGGAGAACAGUCCGUACCACUCGCAGGAUGCCAUGACGCGGAACGCAUCGCAGCCCGCCUUCCUGGCCGGAGAUCAUCAGAGUCUGCCCAAAAACGGAUCCGUGCCGGCAUUCAACACGCGGGUGAGGAAAACCUCCGCCUCGGAGCGCUUCCAGCCCUCGCUGGCCGCCAUCCGGGCAUCUUCUCGCGGAGAUUUGGAGGCAGGAGGUGGCGGUGACUUCGCCUCCUCCAAGUUGUCGCUGUCCCAAAGGCAGGGUGGCAGUCAAACUGGCAGCAGCGGCAGGAUGGUGCGACCCAUGUCCCGCAAGGAUAUCUUCUACUCGGGAUCCGUGACGAACCUGCCGCAAUAUCAAUCCCAGAAGUCGCUGGCCAACUACAGGAACUCGGUGCUGUCGCUGACCAAGUACGAGAAGAGCAUGCAGAGCGUGGCCAAACUGGAUCCCUUGGCCGAGGCCGAGAAGCACCGCGAGGAGUACGACCUGUGCCCCUGCCUGGGCAUUCCCGAUUCCGUGAAGUCCGUGGUGAACACCAUGCUGGAUGUGAGCCUGCUGAAGGAUCCCGUCUUCAUGCUAAUCGGAGUCUCGAAUAUUUUCGGCAUGGCCGGUCUGUACGUGCCCUUCGUCUACCUGGUCGAUGCGGCCAAGGAGCACAACAUAGCCAAGAACGAUGCCGCCAUGCUGCUGUCCAUCAUUGGCAUCACCAACACCGUGGGCCGUGUCUUCUGCGGAUGGGUGGCGGACCUGCCGCAAGUGAACUCGCUGCUGCUCAACAACUGCUGCCUCCUGGUGUCCACCAUAGCCGUGACUUUGACCCCAUUGUGCUACAGCUACACGGCCUACAUAACCAUGUCCAUAUUCUUCGGACUGGCCAUCUCGGGCUACAUCUCGCUGACGUCAAUUAUCCUGGUCGACCUGCUCGGCCUGGACAAGCUAACAAAUGCCUUCGGACUGCUGAUCCUGUUCAGAGGAUUUGCCGCCUUGAUCGGAACGCCCUUGGCGGGUGCCAUCUACGACAUGACGCACACCUACGACCUGCCCUUCUACAUGGCCGGUGCCCUGUUCGGCAUCUCCACGAUAACCAGUUUCCUGGCGCCCUGCCUGAAGAGAUGCAGUCCGUCCGAGGAGACGCCCGUGCAUGUGGAAACGCUCACGCCCAUCGACGAGGAGCAGGGCGAGGAUGCCGAGGACGACGAGGAUCAGCCCAUCACCAUAGUGCCCAAGAUCAUCAAGACACUGGCGAGUCCGCAGCAGGAAGAGGGACAUCCGCAGUUCCCCCCAAAGACGAGCGAAUCGAAGCUCUAAGGCUACGAAGCGAUUCGAUCGGUUGGAAACGAGAGAGAGGAUUGAAUUUACAGGGGGCAGUGGCAGUGCGGAGCUCAAGAGGAUCCGGUGAGAUAUUUUUCUAUUUACUUAUACAGCAGAGGAGAAGGAGAAGAAGCAGGAGGAGGAGAUCAGAGAUCAGAGAUCGAGCACACCUAUAUACAAAGUGGAGAAGACGGAUGGAUAUAUAUAGCCGGUCCCACAACACAUAUAUAUAUAUACAUAUAUAUAUAUAUACCUUUAAGCCUACAGCAACAGCGGAGGAGGAUGUCGUGCGGAAAAUGCACUUUUCCACUUUUCCAACGGGAGAACUCAGCUUAGCUUGCGAUAAGAUAUAGAGAAACCUUCGGCUAUAUAUAUAAAGUUAUACUACGCUCAUAAAUUACCGAUCGAAAACUGAUACCGAUCGCUGGUAGAUUGCAACUGUUAUACAGCAACCACAAAAUAUUGUAAAGUAAAUUCUAUUAUUAUUAUUUGUUUGUUAAACCCUACGAUUACUAUAAUUAUCAUUAUGACUACUAUUAAAGAUUAUUGUGUACUUCUAAUAGUUGUUGGCGAGGCGUUAUAAAUGUGUCAUACCGUAGCGAAAUAGCGUUAUAGCCAUGUAGCGAUAUAUAGCAUGUGUGUAAACUAAAGUGUAGCUAAGUGUAGAUGUGGCCCGAUUAACUUAAGCGAUUAAGCGCCAGCAGCAGCAACUAUUUCGGGAAAUAAUAAAUUGUAUAUUUUUUAAGAAAGAGCGCUACAUGGCAAAACUCAAAGGCGAGAACACAAAGGAACCGGAAAUAUGAACUAAAAUUGUUUUCAAUUUUACACUAAUCGUUUAGGUGGCAAACUCAAAUACAAAUUUACGGCUCUUUUUGUAAGUUACUAACUACUACCAGUAAACUAAAGUCCAGCAACAGAAAAAACCAAGAGUAAAUGAUGAUUUUUAAGGCUUGUGUGUGUCCGUUGUUUUAAACUAUCCAAACAUAAAACAUAUAGCCUAGUAGCUACGAACCAUAAGCAAUACGGCAAGUGCAGUUCUAUACAAACGAAAUUGUUCACGCGGCUAAAACCAAUUAAACCAACUAACAGUAUAAUAUGUACCACAAACAAUAUUCUAAAUCUGUUUUACGCAUAAGAACGGGGCAACAAACAAGCGGUGAGCGAGUGGCAAACACAUCAAUGUAACAUUUAGAACAAUAAGUGUUGAAGGAAUGAGAAAAGCAGCCAGAAGAAUAGUAAUAAAAGAUAUUGCCAUACAUUUUAAAAACCGUCGAAA